AUGAAUUCCUCUGAGCAUGGGGACGCUUCAGAUGGAAAAAUGCUUGAAAAAGAACACAAGCAUGGUAAAAAAGACAAGCCUGAGGACUUGGCUUUCUGUGAGGGGCCCAGAGAGCAUGGCGGAUCUCCUGGAUACACUGAGGCUGGGAAACGAUCUUCUUCAGAAAUGGAACCAGACUCUAAGCAGUCCUCAAGUGGCAAGAGAGUCAAAGUCACAGGAGAGAUGAGGCGGCAAUCGGCAGAUGAAGGCAGAAGACAUGAGCCUCUGUGUCUCAGCACAAGUGGGGAGUUGAGGGACAACCUCCACGGCAAAUCCAGGUUUUCCUACAGAAAGCCUCUCUUCAGUAUCUCCCACAGAAUCUUAGAGAAGAAGAACACACACAGUCUGGAGCAGCAAGGUCCAGGUCAAGGUCCUGGAAAUCCAUUCAAUACUAGUGGCUUCUCUUCCACUCUCCCUGGACUCUCCCAGGAAAAUGACUCAUGUGAGGCUUUUCCAAGCGUGGACAAUUCAAGCCAAGAGUGGUCAAAAGACUCAAAAGACAUUUACCCUCUAAUUGAAAAAAUGUUUUUCAUUCUUAAUAGCCUUAGUUCCACCAUGACUCAGCUGCAUAGCAAAGUGGACCUGUUAAGUCUAGAAGUCAUGCGGAUAAAGAAGCAAAUCAAACCGGCGCAGAUGGUGACGGAGUUCCAGCCUCCUCCAGAAUAUCUGUUAACAAGCGAGGAGUUGAAUCCUCUCAUGGAGCAGACAUCCAGUGCCGGGGAGCUGGGUUGUCGCUUACUUGUUCAUCUCUUUCCUCAAUUGUUCAAAGCCAGGGAGUGCUCCCAUGACUGUUUGGCAGGCAAGCGUUCGCUGGAAUCUUUACAUUUACAGCUGAUCCGCAAUUACGUAGAGGCGUGUUAUCCCUCAGUCAAGAACAACAGCGUGUGGAAGGGAGAGUGUCUCCCUCAGAUUAACGACUUCUUUAAUCGCUUCUGGGCCCAGAGGGACAUGGAGAGCGCCCGGCUGCUCAGGAAGCAGACCUCGACUGGAGACGAACUAAAAGCAGAGAAUUCUCUGACCUAUCAUUUCAUAAAUGAGCAAGGGCGGGAGGAGCUCCUUUCACAGGACAACCAGCAGUGCGGCUUGGUUGGAAUGUUCAACGAUCAAGCUACAGAGGAGCUGGAUGAGCUCUCUUCCCCAGAAGACUUUGUCAUUUUCCUCAUCCAUCGACUAUUCCCUGAGCUUUUUGAAGAGGGUAAUAAAGUGCCAGAGGGCUCCAACUGUUUAAACAGUGUGGGUCAACUGAUUCUAGACUCGGACAGGAUGGAAAUCAUCAAGAGGUACAUGGAAACCAAUUUUCCAGAUGUGCCUGAGGAGAGCUGGCUUCAGGUAUGUGUUCAGCAUAUGGAGGAUGCGCUCGAUGGUCCUCACAGCAAUGGCAACGCAAGUGAACCUGAAAACAUGAAUGAUGAAAACGAUGAGCUGGCAAACAUGGCCGAGGACGUUUCUGCUCUGAAAGUUCCAGAGAUCUGUGACAAUGAAAGGCCCUCUCGUAAGUCCAAAAAGUCACUGCUAUCGCCGAUAGAUUUUGACAAUCUGGAGAUCCCAAAACCAGACUUUACCGUUCCCCAUGAGUUUCUCUUGUCCAAGGAGCAAUUGAAGUAUAACUAUGAAUGCAGUUUGUCCAUUGGGAACUUUGCCUCACGGCUGCUGGUGCUCACGUUCCCUGAGCUCUUCACCCACGAAAACGCUAGGAAGCUUUACAACUGCAGUGGUUCUCUCGGUAAAAAACAGCUUGAUCCCUUGCGUGUGAACCUGAUCCGCCAUUACGUGCAGUUAGUCUACCCACGGGCUAAGAACGACCGAGUCUGGAUGCUUGAGUUUGUGGGAAAACUCGACGAGAGGUGCCGGAGACGCGACACAGAACAGAGGAAAUCCUACCUGCAGCACCGCAAAGCAUAUGGUCACGACGCAGAGCAGGACUUUUUCCUGAAGCAGAUCCACCCAGACUUCAUGAGGGAGGAUUCAGACAAUCCCACGUUACCCCCUGAGAAAAGCAGUAAAGACUUUUGCAAAAUUCCCAUGGAUGAACUGAUCGUUUCCAAACCCGACUUCCCAGUUCCGCCGGCUUACCUUCUCUCAGACAUGGAGGUUCGUGAAAUAGUCCAGCAGAGUCUUUCGGUCGGAAACUUUGCCGCUCGACUGUUGGUACGCCUUUUUCCGGAGCUUUUCACACAGGACAACCUGCGGCUGCAGUACAACCAUUCGGGGGCUUGCAACAAGAAGCAGCUUGACCCCGUGCGCCUCAGACUGAUCCGUCACUAUGUAGAGACUGUGUACCCCGUGGAGAAGAUGGAGGAAGUGUGGCACUACGAGUGCGUGCCAAGCAUUGAUGAACGCUGUAGGCGCCCUAAUCGGAAGAAGUGUGACAUUCUGAAAAAGGCCAAGAGGUCAAAUUCUGUGUUGUAG